CAUGAAUUCUCCAUCCACGACGAAAAGAGUGACCCUCUCGCCCCAGGCAGGAUUUUGCAUUAAAUCGACCACUAUCGCAGGAAAUGGCAGCAAUGGCAUGAAAGUCUUCAUCAACAUUGCCUGGGAUGCGAACGUGCCCUCACCACCGCCUGCCAGCGACGAGACCAUCCAGCGGGCGAUGCAGGGUGAUGACGACGAAGGGUGGUAUGUACCCGUUAUCGUGUCCGAGCCAAGGGGUGACGUUGACAAGGCCGGCAAACCCAGCCUGGUCAUGGAUUGCAUCUACAAUAAAUCCCUCAAGUCGCGUGUCUUGCGUGACCCAGCGUGGAAGACGUUUCUCAUCGAGCUUGCCCUCCAGCGUAUUGAGGUUCAGAGCGGACUGGUUCUGUCACGACGCAUCGGCACGCCCAACAUCGCGUCCAAGGGCAAACUUAGCCCACGGGAGGUGACGGUGCCGGACCUCAGCACAAAAAGCAAGGAGACCAAAAAGACGUUGAUAGAAGAGGUCGUCGCUGCCGGCAGCUGGGUCUGGUCCAAGUCGCCCCAGUCUGAUCGUAUAGACAUCCAGAUUACCGUGCCACGCCUGAGUCACAAGCUCAUCAGUGACGCCACCCUGGACCUCGAACUGCGCCGGGUCAUCUUGACUGUUCCUUCCCAACCAACCUUGGAUAUCGAUCUUUCGGUAUCAGAUGCAGAGCUCGCUUCUAAGCAUUCUCUCUCAGACGCCAUCGCGCUCAAACGCCAGCGACCGUUCAAGGUGGAUGAAGCGACAGCCGAGUGGAUUGUAUCGGAAGAGGUCCUAAUCUUACACGCGUAGCUCCGAUGGACGUGUAUAUAGACCUGAAAUACAUUCUUGAGCUCCAUCACGAAAUCCCCCUACUAUUGUACAUUUGAAUGCCUGAAUAAAAUACAUACAUUUUAUCGUUACACUAUAUAUGAAUAAACAACUCUCACU